CUGGCUUUCUGGAACGGAGAAUACCAUCCACAUGAAAGGUUGCUUGGAUAUGUUUGGUGGAUAACCUUGUCAUCUUGAUUUUUUUCUGGAUAAAGCGGACUGUAAUGGUUCCAAAAUAACAGGACUUGUCAAAAUGGUAGACGGACAGAGAAGAGUGGCGCCUCUCCGGGCGAUGCUGUUGUUUGUAUUUUCGUUGUGCUUUUGCCGUGGAGCUUAUUGUCAAGUACGCUAUUCUAUCGCGGAGGAGUCGAAAGAAGGUACUUAUGUGGGAGACAUAGCAAAGGAUUUGGGGUUCAGUGUGGAUAAACUGACRGAACGAAGGUUUCGGAUUGUAUCGGGCUCUAAGGAAGGUUUUUUGCAGAUAAACCAAGACAAUGGCGUGUUGUAUGUGAACAGAAACAUUGACAGGGAGGAGCUGUGUGAGAAAAACAGUGUGUGUUUACUCAAUCUAAAAACCAUAGCAGAAAAUCCAAUGGAAAUACAUUAUGUUGAGGUAGAAAUUACAGACAUAAAUGAUCAUUCUCCUAAUUUCCCGGAAAAGGUAAAGCUCUUGGAAAUAGCAGAGAAUCUUGUAUCGCAGGGAACGCGCUUUCCUCUGGACGCUGCGCGUGACCCUGAUGUUGGAGUGAAUAGUCUCCGUAAGUACACUCUCAGUCCUAACGAUCACUUCGAGUUAGAUGUUAAAACUCGCGGAGAGGAUAAAAUCCCUUUUUUGAUAUUGAAAAAGCCGCUAGACCGAGAGCAGAAGUCUGAAAUGAUGUUAGUUUUGACUGCGUUUGACGGAGGUAAGCCAGUGAGAUCUGGCACAGUCAAUAUUACAAUAACUGUUAUUGACGUUAAUGACAACGCACCAGUCUUUGAACGACAGGUGUAUACAUUAACUUUAGAUGAAAAUCCUCCCUUAGGUACCUCUGUUCUGAGGCUGCACGCCACGGAUCUAGAUGAUGGCGCAAACGGACAGGUUAUAUACACAUUUGAUAACAGUCUCAAGAACAAAGCGUUCGAUUUAUUCGAGAUAGAUGCGGUUACAGGGGAAAUUACAAUCAGGGGGUUAGUAGACUUUGAAGAGCAGAGUGUUUACGAAAUUGACGUGCAGGCAUCUGACAAGGGCCAUGUUACAUUGACUGGUCACUGCAGUGUCGUUAUCAACGUGAAAGAURUAAAUGACAACGCACCUGAGAUGGACGUAACGUCUCUGUCAGGUCAAAUCCCCGAGGACGCACGACCCGGUACAGCUGUAGCUCUAAUCAGUGUGUCUGACAUGGACUCUGGUGAAAACGGCUUGGUUAUAUGUACAAUCUCGGACAACAUCCCUUUCGAAUUAAAACCGUCUUUUCAGAAAAAUAUGUAUUCUUUGAUUACUAAAAGUGGAUUGGACAGAGAGUCGGAGCCUAUGUACACAGUGACUAUAACUGCUACGGAUAAAGGAGAGCCAUCAUUGUCUUCCCACAAAACUAUCACGGUCCAUAUCUCAGACGUCAACGACAACAGUCCUGUCUUUYCCCAGAGUCCAUAUACUUUCUAUGUACCAGAAAACAAUGCUCCAGGCGAGUCGUUGUUUUCAUUGAGUACAUCAGAUAGAGAUCAGGAUGMCAACGCUCGUGCGUCUUAUCAUAUUUGGAAAGGCGAUGGUGACACUCCUAUUGUAUCCUACVUAAAUAUGAAUUCUGAUGGUAACAUUUACGCGCUAAAACGUUUUGACUUUGAAACUACCAAAACGUUCCAAUUCCAAGUUGUAGCUACAGACUCUGGAACUCCGUCACUAAGCAGUAACGUCACAGUGAACGUGUUCAUUCUGGAUCAGAACGACAACGCUCCAGUGAUCUUGUAUCCAGUCAGCGGUAACGGUUCCGCUGAAGGUGUGGAGGAGAUUCCCCGCAAUGUGAACGCAGGCCAUUUGGUGACUAAAGUAAGAGCCUAUGACGCUGAUAUCGGAUAUAACGGCUGGUUAUUAUUUUCACUGCAGGAAGUUACUGACCACAGUCUCUUUGCUUUGGACCGC